GUUUUUCUCUAAUCAUGCAAGAAAGAAAACAUACGUGUUAGUUGUUGGGUUUGUUUACGACACUUACAAGGUGCAGGAGUAUGAAGCUCAGCUGUCUUUGUUCUUAGCAGCUUUUCCCGGUCCCAGCCUGGCGGCUAUAAUGAGUCUGCAAAUGGAGUUCUUGUGUCUGGUUCUGCUGGGCCUGAGCACAGCACUCAUCUGUCCUGAUGGAGGCAUGUGUGAAGACAAAAAUACAUGCUGCAAAAACAACGAAGGGGCCUACGGAUGCUGUCCGCUGCCACAUGCAGAGUGCUGUUCAGACCACCUGCAUUGCUGCUACGAAGGGACAGUGUGUGAUCUGAUCCACCAGAAAUGUGUUAAUGAAACCAUUUCCCUUCCCUGGAUGAAGCGACUCGCGCCAGAACUCGCCCCACAGGUCUCUAAGCUUGUGGGGAGAGCGAAGGCGGUUAUUUGUCCAGACCAGGAGUCCGAGUGCCCCGACGACACCACCUGCUGCCAGCUUCCUGAUGGCUCCUGGGGCUGCUGUCCGUUUCCCAAGGCAGUGUGCUGUGAGGAUAAGCGACACUGUUGCCCUGAGGGAACAAGUUGUGAUGUUGCCCAUUCGAAGUGUGUGCCUCCUUCACUCCAGUCCUUCCCCAUGCUGAAGAAAAUGCCUGCUAGAAGGAAUGAGAAUCAGCCAGCCUCUGCUACUGGUUCAGUGGCGUGUCCUGGUGGGAACAUCAGCUGUCCAGAUACUUUCACGUGCUGCCAGCUGACCAGCGGAGAUUAUGGCUGCUGUCCAUACCAAAAUGCCACGUGCUGCAGUGACCGUCUCCAUUGCUGCCCGAGCAAGUCAAUAUGUGACCUGAAGUAUCAACGCUGCAAGUCUGUUGACACCCAGUUGCAGCUCAUGAGGACGAUCCCUGCUGAUACCGUGUGUCCGGAUGGGAAAUCUCGCUGUCCUGAUCAGACCACAUGUUGCCAAUUGUCCAAUGGAACAUACGGCUGCUGCCCCCUGCCCAACGCUGUGUGUUGUGAGGACCAUCUGCACUGCUGUCCCUCCGGCACCACCUGCAACGUGGCCGCGGCCACAUGUGACGAUCUCUCAGGUAGCGCCAUGAUGCCGCUGAUUGCCACCAUGUCCAUCUUGCCCUUCCUGGAAGAAAACAGCAAGUGUGACGAGUCUACAUCGUGUCCUGGGAAAGCCACCUGCUGCAAGACGGCAAGUGGAAGCUGGGGCUGCUGUCCUCUGCCAGAGGCUGUCUGUUGUUCAGAUCACAUCCACUGUUGCCCUGCAGGCACCGAGUGCGACUUGUUCCACAGCAUUUGCAGCUCUGCCCAGGGAAGUUUCCCCAUGUCUGUAAAGAUGUUAGCUGUUGUGACAGAGCAACUGGCGGUGCAGAGCAAAGUCCAAAAUGUCCCCUGCAAUGACUCUGUGGCUUGUGCUGAUGGAAACACCUGCUGUAAAACCUCCCAGGGAAGAUGGGCCUGCUGUCCUCUACCGAAGGCUGUUUGCUGUAAGGAUCAUCUCCACUGUUGCCCACAUGGAACUGUCUGCAACCUUGAGGCUGAGACUUGUGAUGACCCGUCUGGGUCGGUUCCAGCGCUCCGCUGGCUGACCAAGAUCCCUGCUCUGGCCCUACCCCAGAAACUCGGGGAGCUCAGCCUGCCGUGGCUGCAGAAGAUACCAGCCCUGCAGAAGGAGACCAACCAAGGUGUUUCCGGUCAAAGUUGGCCGGCCCAGAAUAUGUGCGAUCAUCAGGCUAGCUGCCCCAGAGACACCACUUGCUGCUUCAUGGAGCAGAGCCACCAGUGGGGCUGCUGCCCCCUGCCCAAGGGAGUGUGCUGUAAAGAUGGAAACCACUGCUGCCCCAGCGGACACACCUGUGAACCCCAGCGCUCCUCCUGCUCCAGGGGCAGUCGCGUCAUACCCUGGUUCACCAAGCUGAGCGCUCGGACGCUGGCGGCCUCUGUGGCUGAUGUCAAGUGUGACGACAAAAGCAGCUGUGCUUCAGGAACGACCUGCUGUAAACUGCAGACGGGGGAGUGGGGCUGCUGCCCGCUGGUCAAGGCGGUGUGCUGUGCCGACCAUGAGCACUGCUGUCCUCAGGGCUACACGUGCAACAUGCAGACCAAAACAUGUGAGAAGAAGAUGCAUGCUUGGCCCCUGGCACCCCUCCCUCUGAGUGAAGUGGUGCGGUCUGAGCCCAGAGACGGAGCAGAUGGCGAGGACGUGCCAUGUGACGGCACGGGGGAGUUCUCCUGCCCCAAACACCACACCUGCUGUAAGGUCUCGGCCACGGAGUGGGCUUGCUGCUCCUCGCCUCAGGCUGUGUGCUGUGCUGACUCCAGACACUGCUGUCCUCCUGCACACCUGUGUGACAUGAAGACUGGGGGCUGCACCCCCCGCAGCCAGCUGACCUGGGACGCUCUGUUGUCCAACAGAGAGAGAGACUCCGUCCUCCGUGGACUUUAAUCCUCUGACGGGGAAGUCGUGCCUCCAGUCUCCUCACAUCUGUCUCCUGCUGGUGGACAGAAAGGGCUUCUUCCUCACUUCCUGUUGGACCUCUCGUGUGAGCAGCUGCGGGUUCAUGGACCAUUUUCACAUUGAAGCCUGCAGACAGAAGCAGCAUCCACGUUGAGCUAGUGUCCAUUGAGAGGACAUUUUAAAAACACCAGAGACACCUUGCAGGAAGACCAUCAUGUGACUUCAGUUUUUCACUCAAUUCCCAUGUUCUGCACCUGCUUCACUCCUGAGAGUCUCCUGCAACAGCUGGAGAUACAGACAUGUACAAAAGAGUGACCCGUGUCUGCUGCGGGUGACCCGUGUCUGCUGCGGGUGACCCGUGUCUGCUGCGGGUGACCCGUGUCUGCUGCGGGUGACCCGUGUCUGCUGCGGGUGACCCGUGUCUGCUGCGGGUGACCCGUGUCUGCUGCGGGUGACCCGUGUCUGCUGCGGGUGACCCGUGUCUGCCGC